AUGGCCAACGCUUACCCAGAGUUUCCUUCCGGUUAUGGGAGGCAAGAUAUCGUGUCGCGCGGGACGACUGGCCUCAUCGUUCACGACAAAAGAACACAAACAAUCAUCCGCUGGCCGAUAACCGACAACGAUUGGCGCGGCAUCCAGCACGAGCGCGCUGUCUAUGAAAAACUUGAGCAGCUGGGCGGCCAUGGAGGCCUUCUUAGAUACUACGGCGGCGUGGAAAUGUGCGGGAUCCGUCUCGAGCAUGCGCCCAAGCGCGACCUGCGUUCGCACAUUCGACUCAAGGGUAUCAAUUCGCCCCUCGAGCCGCAGUGGAUGAUUCAGAUUGCGCAGGUCCUGGACUUUAUCCACCAAGCCGGCAUCAUUCACGGUAGUGUAGCGCUUCGACAUGUGAUGCUGGACGGGGAAGGCAACGCGGUCCUCGGCGACUUUGCGUGGUGCUCUAUGCGGUCCAACUUUCUCGCGGCCAAGGUCCCGGCAAGUCACGAGUAUCCGGGCGAUCGCCUCAGUGUGCAAGGUGACUUGUUCGCCUUUGGCUCGGCCUUAUAUGAGCUGCACACGGGCAGUGAACCAUUCGUCACCUUUCGCGACGAGGAAAUCAGGGCACGAUUCCGAAGAGGCGUAUUUCCAGACGUUGCGGCCCUGGGUGGUUUAGGUGAGAUUAUCUCGAAAUGCUGGACUGCCUCUCACGAAAACACUAAAAGUGUGGUCAACGCCCUGCAAGCUUGUGCUUUCCCCGGGCAGCCUUAUUUGGCGCCUUAA